AUGGCUUCAGAGCUCAUCCUGGACAGCACCUUGACGGCAUUGCUGCCCGAAUGGCUGCGUCGCCAAGCCUUUUGGAGACCGCAGCAUGACAUGGCUGAUCUGUUCGGAAAGGUGUACAUCGUGACAGGCGGCAACUCAGGCGUUGGCUUCCAGGUGGUCAAAUGGCUGGCUGCCAGCAACGCCACCGUCAUUCUGGCCACACACAACAUGCCUGGAGCUAGAAAAGCCGUACGGGACCUCCAGCGCGACAUGCCGUACCUCACAGAGUUUCGAGUACGCCCCAUGUUCCUGGACAUGACAUCCCUGGCGAGUAUUGCCAAGUUUGUUGCUGACUUCGCGACUACAGGACUACCGCUCCAUGGGUUGGUCAACGCGGCAGGAGAGGCCAUGGGGCUUCCAGGACGCGGUGCAGACGGCAAGCUGCCAAACCACACGCUGGUCACCAACUAUUACGGGCCCUUCUACCUGACCCACCUGCUGCUGCAGCAGCUGACCGCCUCCGCACCAAGCAGGGUAGUGAACGUGUGUUCCGCUCUGGGGGAGUACAUGGGCACAGUGGACUGGGAGGAUCUGUGCGGUAAGAAGCUCGCGGAUAGUGACCCUCUGGCCGCGUACAACACCUCCAAGAGGAUGCUUUCAAUGGCCACCCGGGAGCUGGCGGUGCGCUGCCGGGGAACUGGCGUCGACGUGUAUGCCGUACACCCUGGGUUCGCCGCCACCAACUUAUGGCACAAGUCCCUCCGCCGCUACCCCGCCGCGCGCCUGUUCAAUGUGGUGGAGGAGUGGUUCGCGCAGCACCCCUUCUACGGCGCGCUGCCGGCGCUGUACGCCCUGUCAGAGCCACGACUGCAAGGUCGCAGCGGGCUGUACAUCGGGCCUCCCAUAAUGUUGCCUCUGGUGCUGCACACCCAUGUGGGGGACUAUUGGCUGAGGGAGUCUCGAGACGAGGCCUCCUGUGCACGGCUGUAUGACGCAACGGUCAAGAUCGUGGCCAGCAUCAUCAGCGACGGCGUGCUGGCGGGUGGCGACGGCGGUGGCGCUACCGCCAGCGCUCCUGCCGGCGUGGAGUGA